UGUGGAGAUGUCUGGUGAGAAGAACCCUGAGGUGGUUGGCUGUGAUGCCUCCAUCAUGAGGAACGUCUGGGAGAUCAGAGAGCGAGAGUGUGGACUGAAGAUGCAGCUGGAGCAUGAGCGGAUAAAGAAGAGCGCUCUGCCCUCUAUUAAUCAGGACUGGGCAAAUCGUAUGGCUGCUAAACAGGGAAAAUACAGAAGGGUGGAAAAGAAAGCUAAAACUGCUGAGACUCAGACAGACAACAAUGUCUGGAAGAGCAAGAAACCCCAAGUUCCUCCUGCUCUUCCUCGUGGUGCAGGUUCAGGUCCACUUGGCAAACAAGGAGGUCAGAGGAGAGGCUUCUCCUCUCAAGCCCUGAAUUACAAGGACAAAAAUGGACAGGGCAAGAAUUUCAACAGGUUAUGGUUACUCCUGUCCAUCACCCAGACUCAACCUUCUGCUAUGGUGUGGGGGAAGUCAUGGAAAUAUAACAAAUCUUUGCCAUUACCAACAGAGGGAGGUAGAUCAGACUGGGGCCAGUGUUGGAUGUUUGCUACUCAGCAGCCUUAUUCUGAAGCAGGAAAGCCUUGGCUAAAUGGGCCCAACAUGAUGGACCCUCAUAGUUUUCAUCUCUGGAAGAAACCUGACUACAAGAGGAUGGAAUUAGAUGUGCUAGACUUAAGUCUUCCCAUUGAGGAGUGGCAGAUGUCCUGGACAAAAUCUGCCAAAAACAAUAAGGAGGAGGAUACAUACACCAUAAAUGAAGAGAAUGGAUAUUUCACUAUGUUGCUGGAGACUCAGCACCACAAUGAAGCCUUGUCCUCAUUGGAGUGGAGUGAGUCAUGGAGAGCCACCAAACCAGCAAGUCAGCAGGAAGACUUUACUAUUCCAAACAAUGGUUUAAUGAAUGAGUCUGUUGCUAACAAGCAAGAUAAGAAUACUGAGAUGAGCUCCAGGUGGGAAGGAUGUUGGAAACUUGUCAACCAUCAUGGGUGCAACAAAUCCCAGAUAUCUGAAGUUAAAAAAUCUCAUAGUCCAGAGUGGACUAAUUCAUGGAGAGCAGCUACAGUGGUCUUCAACAACCACAAGAAACCUGAUCCCUCUCUGAGAGAAGACCACAAUGAUACCUAUUAUGAUUACCUCCACCAGAAAAAAUCACAUGAGCAGAAGUACAUAGAUCUGUAUUUGCAGCUCUGCAGUGAAUUUAAGGCUCUCUUGGAGUGGAACAAGUCAUGGCAGGUAACCAAAAACAACUUGAAACCAUGUGAGGAAAUAGAGCAAGUCCUAAAGGCCUCACCACCAAAGAUGGAGACUAGUUUGGAAGCUCAGAAGGUGGAAAAGAAUCCAAAGGGACAUUAUUCCACAUCAGAGAAUGCAGACCCAAACCAUGAGCAACUGAAACACAGCAUAAUAUAUUGGCCGAAGAGAGAACUCACCCAAUCUAAGCUGCUUCUUCUGAAACAUGUGGAAAAUGUCUUGUUUUCCUCAGAAUGGAGGGACUCAUGGAGUACACUGAAACAUAGAAUGAGGAUGGAGAGAAGAAGAAUGAGGCCUGACCCUUUGAGGCCUUUCAGAGAGUCAGAGACUAGGGGAAACACAAGGCCCACUGCCUCAGAGUGGAAAGACUCGUGGAAAUUCACUUGUCAGCCUCUGCGUCAAGAACCCGAACUCUGGCAGCAGGGUUGGUCCACCACACCCCAAAUUCGAGUAAAUCGGGCAAGGGACCAGAACCACUUUGCACCUGUGGAACUCCCUAAGAAUGGGCCAACUACGGAGCGAAGUUGGGGAGAAUCAUGGAGGUUCUCUAGGCACCAGCACCGAUCACAACCUGGGCAAGGUAAUAUACAAACCAGCCAAGGAAGGUCAAGUGUAGCUUGCCAUCAUCCUAAUGAUUUAGGUGCUCAAAGGAGGUACGUUAGGUCAGUCUCUGAUUGGCAGGCAGCCUGGAUGGUCUCAGAAACUCAAUUCCACCAUGAUAAACCCUCACUAACCCAGUGGAGGGAAGCUUGGAGGUGGUCCAUCUUCCACACAGAGCACUGGACUGAGCAGGUGCCUAGAGAGAAUUGGGUGGAUGAGGUAAUGGAGAUCCAACCCCUGAAAGAGGUGAUUUCCUUGCAGAGAGCCAAUGCUAAAAUGAACUGGUCUUUUGAUAACCAGAUGUUCAGAGAAAGAUACUCAGAGAAACAAUGGAGUGCCUCAUGGAAAGUUCAUCAACAAAAUCUUUAUGGAUCUUCAGGAAUAUCUCUGAAAAGCAUAAGCAACACUGAGCAUGGAUCUAACUGGGGAAGGUCAUUCAGACUUGCCAACCCCAUGCCCCAUGUGGAACAACCCUGGGUGGAGUCCUCUUCUAACCCAUGUCACUAUACAGUUAUAUGGUCAAGAAGAGAGAACAUACAAAACAAAAUCAACACCUUCUUUAACAACAACCCUGCAACCCUCAGACUUUGGGGAAACUCCCAUAAGUUUCAGCAAGGUGGCAGUGCACGGAUUAAAGUCAAAAGUAAGCCUAAGGAUUCAAGGGUGAUUGUGACAGUGAAGACCAAAACAAGGAAGCACUUGUACACUACCAUUGAAAAGGAGAAACAAUCAGAGAGGAAGUGGGCAGGAUGCCACCUUUUGGGGAAAACCCAGCCACGUCCAAAGAGAGGCACUGCAUCAGUAAAGAAGCUUAAGAAGGAUGACCCAGAAGACACAUUCUUUGAAGAGUGGGUAGAAUCUUGGAGGUUCUUUUUCCGACCUGGUAAGCAGAUGCCCGUGAAGUCACUCUCAGGUUGGGUUGAGUCAUGGAAGUUUCUCCUUCCACCAUACCAACCACUGAAUGGCCCCAAGUUCAAGUAGAAGGCAUGGAUCAAGCAACUUUCAGCUCAGACAAAUCAGACAGAACAUUUUAUUUGGAUUUCACUUUUUUGUAUGUUGUAUGUUAAAUAAUAUUCUUCACAGUUGCUCAAGCCAAUAGUACCAGAGUAUUUUUUAGAGCAGUUCAAAGGUUCAAAGUCUUGUUUAGGUACACACUGCUGUGAGAGUUAUGCCAGCUGUUAAGAUAAUAAUCCGAACUCUUCCUUAUGAUGGAAGGAAAACCAAAAUUAACAUGUCUGAAAACUAUUUGAAAAGAGGGAAACUAUGAGUUGAGUUUUGAAUUGUGAUGUUGAAGGAUUGGUAGUAUUAAAGAUUGAAGGACAAAUGUACAUGAAAGUACAUUGCUGGAUGGAUGUGGAUAUGCACCAAUAAUUGUGUUUUGAUUAAAGCAUACAGAACAUA